AUUUUUUCGUAAUUUGAAAAACUUCAAAAUGUACACUUGUCAAAUGUUUCAAUUUAUCAAUUGUUUUUGCAAAAAAUCAAGAUCCAAACUUAGUUUAAACGUAAAGCUACAACCACUCAUUUGCAUUUUGCACCGUCAUUGUUGAUUAAAAAACUUCUUUUCAUAUUAAUGAAUUGUUUAAUACUUUAAUCAAAUUAAGACAACCAUAAAAGCAAACAUAGGUUUCAAUCCCACCUUCAUUAAAUUCUUACAUAAAACCAACACAUAUAUAAAUAUACAUCCACACCAAUACACACUUCAUCAAACAUAAAUAAAGAGUUAUACAUACAAUCAAAGAUGUCAGAAUUCAGCACUAUGAUAAUCAAGAUCACAUUCUUCCUCAUAAUCAACGUGGGAAUAUUCUUCCUCGACCAAUCCGAAGCAACGAAAACGAAACCAAUUAGCGACGGGCCCACACCUUCACCACUCCCUUCACAUAGCGAAAAAGAGAUACCCUCACCACAGUACAAACACUUCUUGGAAGAAUGCGAAAAAAGAAUAACCGAAAAAUGCGCACACGAAAUCUUCAAAGAAAUAUUCGAAAACAAAACGAUCAGCAAUAACUGUUGUUCGGAGCUCGUCGACAUGGGGCCCGAUUGUCAAAGUAUCAUGAUCCAACGAGAAAAAGAUCUAUUAAAAAACAAGAACGAGAAAAACACAAUCGUACAAAAGAGCGAGGAUCUAUGGAAGAGAUGCUCGAAAAUCACGCCAAUGGAUAAAAAAAGACAAUAUCCGAAGGUCCCGCAACGAAUGUACCUACCCGGGUACGACAACUUCUUGAAGGGAUGCGAGGAGGAACUGACGGAGAAAUGUGGGGCCCAGGUUCUCGGUUUCGUGUUCAAGAAGAACGAGACCGCGAACGUGGUGGACAAGGGUUGUUGCUCGAAGCUUUUGAAAAUGGGGCACGAUUGCCACGACGAGAUGCACGUGCGUCUUCAGCGUUUGGCCGAUAGGAAAAAGGAGAAGAGUGAUUUUGUUAAGGAGAAGGGUCAUCAAAUUUGGAAAUAUUGUGAAGAAAUCAUAGCUCAUAAUUAGUUAGAAAUAAUAUUAUUAUAUAUAUGCUGAUGAAUUUCUGCUCUUGAUUAGUAGUGUUAAUAAUACAAUGCAGUUUUUCGUCGUUUAAUUUACGGAGAUUCGAUGCUAACUGUUGUUUAAAAACUGACACUGAUGAAGCAUAAGUACGAGAAUAAUUCGUAG